AUGAAGUACCUGUUUCUUCUAUUCAGUGCUUUAGUCUUUUCAGUGAACGGCGAUCAAGUUGGGAUGUACAUGUCGGCGCCUUUAGGGAUGAGCCCAUACGUUUCACCCGAGGAUAUGUGUAGUGGCAAAUUGUGUCGUAUGCGAGUGAAGCAAGUGAUGCGGAAGUGCAAAUUGUAUGAGAAGAAGUUGGAGAGUUUAGAUAAGAUUCAGCGGAAGGUACAGAAAGAGUCUGAACGCGAUAUGUUGGACCUUCGUUCGUUAACUAACAUCCAAGACCAUCGUGUCCUUCAACACAAACUUCAGAAGGAAAGUCACUCCCUUCGUAAACUGCGACUGACGCGCGUCAAACUGAUGGCUUUGAUGCGACGCGUUCUCGCUGAUUUGUCGUACGAACAGCAAGCUCGUGUGAUCAGGUAUGUUGGUAUCGAACACAGAAUAGAUCCGUCCUAUGAAAAUCUUGCUAAAAAUCAUGGGCUUAACCAUCUCAAGUCCAAUCUUUUAUAA